CAGUUUCCAUUUUUUCAAUAUGUGCUGCUUCUUUCUGUGACUACAACUGUACUGAGCACCUACAAUGAAACAUACUGUAUUUGCAUAGGACCUUUGCCUGAAGGCAUGUAUGUAAUUUGUAGUAAUAAAGGUCUAACAGAGCUUCCCAGUAUGCCAUACAAUGUUUAUGAACUAGAACUCAGUCACAACAGCAUUAGCGUACUGAAAACUGGAAUGUUCAACAUAACUGAAUUCACACGAAAACUGACAUUACUGUUACUGGACAACAACAAAAUCACUGAAAUACAAUCAUCUGCCUUUCUGGGAGUUAACAAACUGAAACACCUCGAUUUGUCUCACAAUACAGACUUGAAGUCUCUAAGCAGAGAUGCACUUUUAUGUUUGUCUGGUUUGCAAUACCUGGACCUUCAAAAUACAGGUUUGGUCAGUUUAGCUCAAGGUGUUUUCAAGUCUGUUCCAGUUAUGGAAAUCUUGCUAGUAUCUUUCAACAAUUUUUCAAACAUACCACCAAAUAUAUUUGAAGAUACCAAUGAACUUGUAACUUUAGAUUUUUCCAAUAAUAACAUUAAAACACUAGAGAAAAAUGCAUUUAGUGGCGCAGCGAAUCUUACACACUUGAACUUGAGUUCUAAUCUCAUUACUAACAUUGAACAUUUGACAUUCCAGCCACUGGUAAACCUCAGGAACCUGAAACUGACAUACAACAAAUUAGUAACUAUCAAUACUAACGUGUUACAACCACUACAACAACUUCAUCUUCUAGAACUGGAAGGAAACCAGUGGGAUUGUACUUGUUCAGCAUCGAAUUUCUACAGAUGGAUUCAGUCAUUUCAUGGAAAUGUUACAGGACCCCUUUGUGCUACUCCUCAGUUUUUAAUCGGUAAAGGUGACCUGGGUCACCUGUCGUCUGAAUGUUACAUACACUGCCCCAAGCAUGAACCCAAUGAGAACUGCUGGCUUCCACCAACAACUGCACCCCCCCCCCUAUAAAUCUGAAUGAAGUCAUUCCAAGAUUAACAAAUCUUGUUUACAUCUCCCUAGCAUUCAGUGUAAUAACAAUAACGUUUAUACCAGCAGCAGCAUUGAUAUCUCUAUGGAUAAGAAAGCACCAACAACAAACAGAGGCUCUUUUAGACAUCAGUGAUGAUGAGAUGAGCUAAUUCAGUAGAAAACAAAUAGCAAAUGUGUAUUUCUGUACAGUGAAGAGUAACUUCUGGAAUAAUAGUAGGAUUUUAGCCAUUUCAUAAAUUAUGGAUAUUUUAAAAGCAAACAAUGAUAUGUACUCUACUAAGUCACUUCUACACGUUUAUUUUUGUUUGUA